AUGCUGUUCUAUAGGUAUAAGGAUGUCAUUGAAGAGGGCGACAUCGUUAUGGUGUACAUUGGUCGACAGCAAAUGAAACUUGUGAACGUGACUCUUGGUGAAGUAAUUAACACCAGAUAUGGACAUUUUGAACACGAUAAAAUGGUGGGAAAGAAAUAUGGUGAUCAAAUGGUAGGUGCAAAAGGGUAUGGGUUUAUAUAUUUGUUACAUCCUACGCCUGAGUUAUGGACUGUUUCUUUACCUCAUCGUACACAAAUUGUUUAUACACCUGAUUCAUCCUAUGUGAUUCAACGAUUAAAUAUAGGGCCCGGAUCUCGAGUCAUAGAAGCAGGUACUGGAUCUGCUUCUUUUACCCACUCAUUUGCUAGAACAUUGGGGGAUCAAGGCAAGCUUUUCACAUAUGAAUUCCAUGAAGUAAGAUGCAAUGAAGCAAGGAAGGAAUUGGAAAGACAUGGUUUAUUAGCAGUAAAUACUACCAUAACUCAUAGAGAUGUUUGUCAAGAUGGCUUUGAAAUUCAAGGUGAAGAUAUACGAGGGGAUGCUGUUUUCCUUGAUUUGCCAGCUCCUUGGACAGCCAUACCUCAUUUAAAGCAUGUUAUUUCCAAGGAAAUGGCCACGGGGAUCUGUUGUUUCUCUCCUUGUAUCGAACAAGUUGAUAAGACUGUAGCCGCGCUUCAAGAAGAAGGCUGGACAGAUAUUGAAAUGGUUGAAGUCAUGGGUAGACGGUGGGAAGCUAGAAAGGAUAUGGUAAGAGACAUAUCUGAUGUGGUCAAAAGAUUAAAGGAUAUACAAGCACGCAAGACUCAAGGGAUAGAAGGUAGAAGGGUGGUUAAAUUACAAUCUGAAACAGCUACACCUGAGCCCAAUGUCUCAUAUGAUUCAGGUAAUAAAAGACCUGCUAGCACUGAAGAAGAUCAACAAAAGCAAUCUGAAUCUGAAUCAAAGGAAGUGUCACCUUCACAACAGCCACCAUCAAAGUUCCAAAACCUCGGAAAGGGUUUUAAUCCGUUUGGAAAGGGUAUUAGAGUAAGAGAAGGCGAUGAAUCGUAUGCUUGGACCCAAGUCACAAAGAUUGAAUCUGAUGUUAAGAGUCACACGUCAUAUUUGACAUUUGCUCGUAAUAUUCCUACUAAGAAACAACCAGAAGAGAAUGUAUAG